UUAUUUCCAGCAUACCAGCGUGAAUUUCAGUGCAAAAAAAACUCCGCAAGAAAAAAUGUCCCAGGAGGAGGAAGUGAACGGAACAGACGAGGUGCAGGAUAAGAAACAGAAAAAAGCCGCUCGUCACGAUGGAGGUGUUGCUGAUCUCGAGAGGGUCACGGAUUACGCGGAGGAGAAGGAAAUUCACACAGCAGACAUCUCAAAUGCGGUGAAUAAGUUCGGGGACAAGAGAAAUAAAGAAGAUGAAGAGAAACUAGCCAAGGAGAGAGAAUUGCAGAAGGUACAGAUCAAGAAGGAAGAUGUGGAACUGAUUAUCAACGAAAUGCAAAUCAACCGAACGGCUGCAGAGAAAACACUGCGGGAGCAUCGAGGUGAUGUGGUUGCUGCCCUGGAAGCUCUGACCAAUUGAUCUCAGCGGCAACCCGGCUGCGAUUCACUCUGGCACUCCGGGGAGAGUACCACAUAAUCCCAUAAUCUUGGCCACACGACGACUCUAGACUGCGUCUAGUCCCGGGGAAUGGGGGGCACACACAAACAUAAAUAAAUAGCUGUAAGGCGACGCCGAGGAAUGAUCUUGAAUAGAGAAAAAAGAUUUUCCAAGA